UCAUGAUUGCACCAGAGUACUUUUUUUCUUUUCCUUUUUUUUCCCUCGAGGACAAUCAUGGAAAUGAAGACCUGAAAGACUGGUGUGGUGCUGGGUGUGGAUUAACACCCGUUCUGACUUGUGUUUCGACUUAGUUGCUUAGGCUUCAUGUUUAUUCUCUUGAGUUUCUGGUAGCAAACUGAGUAAAAAGGGAAUCGCUGGAAAAAGUAAUGGAGCUUAUUGGAAAUCUCAGCAAACACGGCCUGGAAGGUGAUGCAGUCAUACAGUUCCUGACAAAGGGAGGGGACUUGACCAAGGUGAAAUCCAACAAAUGGAAGAAGAAGCGCUUCUACAGGCUGAUGGAGGACGGCAAUACCUUGUGGAAAGAGACACACAAGGUCUUCAAGAAAGAAGACACCUUCUCCAUCGAAGACAUUGAGUCGGUCCGUCUUGGCCGUCAGACCGAAGGCCUGCGGAAGUACACAGACGAAACAAUGGAGGAUCAGUGCUUCUCCAUCAUCUUCAAAGACAAACGCAAGAAUCUCGACCUGAUAGCCAGUAACAGAGAGGACUCCGGGAAGUGGGUGAUGGGGCUGGAAAAGCUCAUCGCCAACCUGCAGAACCUCAAUUGUGAGGAGAAACGUGAACACUGGAUCAUCAGCUGCAUGCGGAAGGCAGACAAAAACCACGACAACAUGAUGACCCUGAAGGAGGUGAAGAAUUUCCUGGGCAAAAUCAACAUCGAGGUGGACGACAUGUACGCCAGCAUGCUGUUUCAGCAAUGUGACACAUCAAAGUCAGGAACUCUGGAAGGAGAAGAGAUUAAGAAAUUCUAUGAGCUGCUAACGCAGCGUGAGGAAAUCGACGUCAUCUACGGCAAGUACGCUACAACUGAUGGUCAGAUGAGUGCAAGAGAUUUGCAGAACUUCCUGCAACAGGAGCAGAUGGAGGCCGCGUCUCUGGAGGAUGCGCUGAAGCUUAUAAACAAAUACGAGCCUGAUCCUACAGCCAAGCAGAAAAAGCACUUCACCAGAGACGGCUUCCUGAAGUACCUGACCCAUUUGGAAGGUUUGAUCUUUAACCCCGCCCACAUUGAGGUGUACCAGGACAUGAGGCAACCGCUCAGUCAUUACUUCAUCUCCUCCUCCCAUAACACCUACCUGAUGGAAGACCAGCUCAAAGGGCCGAGCAGUACCGAGGCCUACAUCAGAGCGCUGUUAAAGAGCUGCCGCUGCGUGGAGCUGGACUGCUGGGAUGGGCCCAACGGAGAGCCGAUCAUCUACCACGGCCACACGCUCACCUCCAAGGUGCUCUUCAAGGACGUCAUCAAGACUAUCAAGGAAUACGCUUUUAAAACAUCUAAGUAUCCAUUAAUCCUGUCUUUGGAGAACCACUGCUCAGUGGAACAACAGAAACUCAUGGCUCACUACAUGACCUCCAUCUUGGGCAGCGCUCUUCUCACACAUCCACUGGGGAACAAAAUACCGUCCUGCUUGCCAUCGCCUGAGGAAUUAAAGGGCCGGAUCCUGAUUAAAGGGAAACGCCUUAACAAGCUGGACGCAGUGUUUAACAACAACAGAGAGGACGCGGAGAGCGUGUCUGAAGAAGACGAAGCUGCCGAAACCAAACAGAAUGAACCAGAGCAAAAACCUAAGAACAAAAAGAUCAAGCUCGCUAAAGAGCUAUCUGACCUGGUGAUCUACUGCAAGAGUGUCCAUUUCAACAGUUUCGAGCACGCACGUGAGAAACAGGCCUGCUACGAGAUGUCGUCCUACAAGGAAAGCAAAGCCAAGAAUCUGGCAGAAAAUUCAGCAAAUGAAUACAUCCACCACAACAUGGACAAAUUAAGCAGAAUUUACCCUUCAGGCACCCGGACAGACUCGUCCAACUACAAUCCUGUCAUGAUGUGGAACGCAGGCUGCCAAAUCGUGGCUCUGAACUUCCAAACUAACGGCAAGGAGAUGGAUUUGAACCAAGGACAGUUCCUGCCGAACGGGAAGUGUGGCUACAUCCUGAAGCCUGAUUUCAUGAGGAACCGGGACUCUCGGUUUGAUCCUUACAAUCCCAUAAAUGGACCCUGGUUCAGGAAGAAGAUCCUCCAUGUCAUGGUCAUCUCAGCACAGCAGCUCCCCAAACUGAACAAGGAUAAAACCAAGUCCAUAGUGGACCCCUUCGUCAAGGUGCAAAUCCACGGAGUGCCAGCGGACCACGCUAGCGUACAAACAGACUACAUCAACAAUAAUGGCUUCAACCCAAUGUGGAACAAAAACUUCCAGUUCACCAUUCAGGUGCCGAAUUUGGCCAUAGUGCGCUUCUUGGUGGAGGAUUAUGACGCUGCGUCACACAAUGACUUCAUUGGGCAGUACACGCUACCUUUUAAUAGCAUGCAGAAUGGAUACCGUCACAUUCCACUGCUCACAAAAAAUGGCGAUGUCAUCCCUUCAGCAAAACUGUUCGUCCACAUCAUGGUUCUGGACUCCUAAAGCACACGGAACAGUGCUGAGAGCAAUCAUGUGUCCCACUGUACGAAAAGCAGACCCUCUAAUACCGAACAAGAAAACGUGUGCGUAUAUGUAAUGAAACGGAGACGCUCGGAUCUGUGGGACAUCAAGUCAUCGUUCAAGGGAACUCUCAGAAUAUAUUUAUAUAAAAUAUGAUGGGGAUGGUCAGUGUGUAAACCUUUCAUUUAUAGUGUUUAUCUUUUACCUCUGUGUGAAGUGACAAUUUGUAAUACUGUUAUUUCCGAUUAAAUAUAAAUGUAAAGAUUUAUUAGGAAAAAUCUCCAAAGGUGAAUGCAUCCAGGUGUGUGUUAGUGUGGCUGUGCAAUUUUAAACUUUUAUUCUGAGUUAUGAGUUAGGUUUUAAUGUAACUGUUCUUAAGUGAACACUCAUCACGACACUGUCUAUAAAUAUUUGUACCUUUUUUUAAAUAGGAUUACACUAAAUGUUUCAUUUAUUUAAAAAAAAAUUAAAAUGAAACAUGGGGAAUUAUUUGACAUGGGGUCUCGUAUGCUAAUUUCUUUUUAAUAAUCAAUCAAUCAAUCAUUCUUAGUCGGCUAUAAGAAAUGUUUGCUUCUGAAGUACAGCUCUAAAUGUCUGUUUGCUGUGGGGUCUUUAUCUGACAUGCAAUUUUUCUUGAAAUCCUGUUUUAUAUAUUUAUAUAAUGUUUAUGAUUUAUUACUUUUAACACGGGCCAAAUCCUGUUCCUGAGCUAUGAUUGUCAUGAGUAAGCACUGUGUUUUCCUGCAACACUGACCAAAUUAAGGUUAACGUCCAAGCAGUUAAAGAUCACAUCAGGCUGUUUUCACGUCUCCGUCACUGUGUUUUGUUGAACUGUAAUACCUUUCUCUCUACUUGACUCUUCUAAACAUUGUAUCGUUCUACUAGAUGAGGUGUUAAUCUGUUCGACUCAGUCUGUAAAUGUUAAACCAGUCAUUUUUUAUUCUUAUAACAGGACCAAGGAUGUCUGUGUCAUUGAUACUAAUGAAAUAUCCCUCAAAGUCACUACUCUAUGACAAAGCAUCUAAAUAAAACAAUCUUGUGCA